AUGAAUAUGAAUGAAAUUGAAAAGAAAGAACAAGAAGAUGGCAAUGACAAAGUUGAAGUAGAAGCUAAAGUUGAGGAUGAGAAAGAAAUUGGUUUGAGUACAACAACGGAUCUACUUACUUCCCUACUAGAAGAGAGUUUCGAAGAAGAAGUGGCAGAACUAGAAGACGUAUUGGAAGAAAAAGAAGAGGUUCUUGUUGAUGGACUUGUUACAGCUACUUGUGGAGAAAUUGCACAAGCUUUGACGCCUUCUCAACAAGAACCAGAACUUAAAAUAGAAGAUGAAGAGAAGGUGCUGCCUAUCACCAACAUGAUAAUGGACUUUGAUAAUGAUGAGAUAAAUUUAAAGGAGGGUCCAAAACAGUCACUUAUUGAAGAAGCUACAGAUCAUGUUUAG